GACUAUCAUAACAAGAGUAUCGAUCACAACAUCCUCACCAUGGGCUGGUUAUGGAAAGCUCCUCAGCAGAGGCAAGAGUCUACACCAGAUGCACCAGAUGCAUCAUCAACAGGGACGCCUCCUCCCCCCCCCGCACUCACCAGAGAGGAACAAGCCGAUGCAGAACUGCGCCAAUUCCUCGCCAGCUUCGAAGAAGCAAACCGACAAGCCUCAUUGACAGACACUCCUACACAAUCGAAUCUACAAUCGACCCUACAGUCGAACCUACCAUCAAAUCCUCCUACACAAUCGCCUCCCGGGACUACCCCAGACUCUAUCGCCCCCGAAGCCCUCUACGCAGACAGCAUGUCCUGCCGCAGCGCCUUCGACUACGCCUUCUUCUGCCAAUCCUUCGGCGGCCAGUUCGUCAACGUCUAUCGGUACGGCGAACUCCGCUCCUGCAGCGAACACUGGGAGAAUUUCUGGCUGUGCAUGAAGGCGCGCACCUACGCGGAACCGCGCGCCAAGCAGGUCAUCCGCGACCAUAACCGGAUGCGCGCGCAGAAGUACAAGACCGGUCCCAGCAGUGAAGAUGUGUGGGACAUGCGUGUGCGGCCUGUCAAGGAUGCCUUUUCGGGUGAUUUCGCGGCUAUGGAGGCUGAGAUGGAGGCCGAAGCUGCUGCUCAGCCGAGUACAUAACUUACCUCUCUUCGAUAUAAAUGGAAGAAAAAAAA